AUGUUAGAAACUAUAGACAAAACGCGGGCCCUGCAGGCCGCAGAGCGCUUGCAGGCCAAGCUGCGAGAGCGCGGGGACGUGGCGAACGAAGACAAGCUGAACCUUCUGAAGUCAGUCUUGCAAAGCCCGCUCUUCAGUCAGAUUCUGAACCUCCAGACCUCCGUGCAGCAGCUGAAAGACCAGGUAAACAUUGCAACUUCAGCAAUUUCAAAUGUUGAAUGUACCCAUAUUCCACAUCUCAGCCCGGCUGUAAUUACUACUCUGCAAAAUGAAUCAUUUUUGUCAUCCCAAAACAAUGGGAAUCUGGAAGUACUUACAGCUUCAGGUACUCCAACCAUCAAUGGGAAAACUGCUUGUGAUGAAUUUGAUCAACUGAUCAAAAAUAUGGCCCAGGGUCGCCAUGUAGAAGUUUUUGAACUCCUCAAACCUCCCUGUGGAGGCCUGGGGUUCAGCGUGGUGGGACUGAGGAGUGACAACCGGGGAGAGCUGGGGAUAUUUGUGCAGGAGAUCCAAGAGGGCAGUGUGGCUCACAGAGAUGGGAGGUUGAAGGAAACUGAUCAAAUCCUCGCUAUCAACGGACAGGCACUUGAUCAGACGAUCACACACCAGCAGGCCAUCAGCAUCCUGCAGAAAGCCAAAGACACUGUGCAGCUCAUCAUUGCCAGGGGCUCCUUUCCUCAGCUCAUCAGUCCCAUAGUUUCCCGCUCCCCAUCCGCGGCCAGCACCAUUUCUGCUCACUCUAAUCCGGUUCACUGGCAGCAUGUGGAAACUAUUGAGUUGGUGAAUGAUGGAUCUGGUCUGGGAUUUGGCAUUGUCGGAGGAAAAGCAACUGGCGUCAUAGUAAAAACCAUUCUGCCUGGAGGAGUGGCUGAUCAACAUGGGCGGUUGUGCAGUGGAGACCACAUUCUAAAGAUCGGUGACACAGAUCUGGCCGGGAUGAGCAGUGAGCAAGUAGCACAGGUCCUCAGGCAGUGUGGAAACAGAGUUAAGCUGAUGAUUGCACGAGGUGCCCUAGAAGAGCCGGCGGCACCCCCCUCCCUGGGCAUCACUGUGUCCCCGUCCCCAUCCUCUACGCCGGAGAUGCGGGUUGAUGCUUCCACUCAGAAAAGUGAAGACAGUGAGACAUUUGAUGUAGAACUCACUAAAAAUGUCCAAGGAUUAGGAAUUACCAUCGCUGGUUACAUUGGAGAUAAAAAACUAGAACCUUCAGGAAUCUUUGUAAAGAGCAUUACAAAGAGCAGUGCUGUGGAACAUGAUGGCAGAAUCCAAAUUGGAGACCAAAUUAUAGCAGUUGAUGGUACAAACCUUCAGGGUUUUACCAACCAACAAGCCGUAGAAGUAUUGCGGCACACAGGACAGACCGUGCACCUGACGCUGAUGAGGAGAGGAAUGAAGCAGGAAGCUGAGCUCACGGCAAGGGAAGACGUCACAAAAGAUGUGGUCUUGUCUCCUGCUAAUGCUAGCGUCAGCAAAGAAAAUUAUGAAAAAGAUGAAGAUUCUUUAUGUUUGAGGAGAAACACCAGCAUAGUACCCAUUGAAGAAGAAGGGUAUCCCUUACUGCUAGCUGAAAUAGAAGAAAUGGAAGAUGCACAGAAACAGGAAGCUGCCCUCCUGAAAAAGUGGCAAAGGAUUAUGGGAAUUAAUUAUGAGAUAGUGGUCGCCCAAGUGAGCAAGUUCAGUGAGAACAGUGGUUUGGGGAUAAGUCUGGAAGCAACAGUGGGACAUCAUUUUAUCCGAUCUGUUCUACCGGAAGGUCCUGUUGGACACAGUGGGAAGCUUUUCAGCGGAGAUGAGCUCUUGGAGGUGAACGGCAUCACACUGCUUGGGGAAAACCACCAGGAAGUGGUGAACAUUUUAAAAGAGCUGCCGAUAGACGUGACCAUGGUGUGCUGCCGCCGCACUGUGCCCCCCACCGCCCAGUCAGAACUGGACGGCCUGGACCUGUGUGACAUUGAGCUAACAGAAAAGCCUCAUGUAGAUCUCGGCGAGUUCAUCGGGUCUUCGGAGACUGAGGAGCCCGCGCUGGAGAUGCCCGAUGUGGGUCAGGAUGCAGCCCAGGUUCACGGACCUCUGGCCAUGUGGGAGGCAGAUGUGCAGCACAUCGAGCUGGAGAAAGGCAGCAAAGGACUUGGCUUUAGCAUUUUAGAUUACCAGGACCCCGUAGACCCAACGAGCACUGUGAUCGUGAUCCGUUCUCUGGUUCCUGGCGGCAUUGCUGAGAAGGAUGGGCGCCUGGUUCCUGGUGAUCGCCUCAUGUUUGUCAACGACGUGCACCUGGAGAACAGCAGUCUGGAGGAAGCUGUGCAGGCCCUGAAGGGCGCCCCGGCAGGAACGGUGAAAAUAGGAGUUGCCAAGCCUUUACCCCUUUCUCCAGAAGAAGGUUAUGUUUCUGCCAAGGAGGAUUCCUUCCUCUACCCCCCACUCUCCUGCCAGGAGGAAGGGCUGGCUGACAAGGCCCUCUUCAGGGCUGACUUGGCUCUGGUGGACACAAGCAAUGCUGACUUAGCUGAUGAAUCUGCAUUUGAGUCUCACUACUCUCCCGAUAAUGACAGUGUCUACUCUACUCCUGCCUCUAUUUUGUCUCUUCACAGCAGUGCUUGUAGUGAUGGCCUGAACUAUGGUCCCUCCCUUCCAUCGUCUCCUCCCAAGGAUGUUACUGACACUUCUUCAGAUCCAAUACUUGAUCUGCACGUGCCCUUGGAAGAAUUCUACACCCAGAACCUCCUGCAAAGACAGGAUGACAGCCCACCUUCCAUAGACUUGAGCAUGGGGACUACUUCUGGGUUUAUUGUAAAUGACUAUACCCCUGAACAGCAGUACGGAUGUGAGAACACAGGCGUGUGGGCUGAGCCUCACCUACCCAGUGAAGUUAUAUCAGGUGCAGAGCUUACUUCUCUGCUGCCGGAUCCAACGGGACAGGGUUCUGAGUUCCUAAAUCAACAGAGCUCUCUGGCCUCUACUGCUGAGCGUGCCAUACUUCAGAAUAUGUCCAGAGAAUUUUUUGAGAAGACGAUUACCAUAGCAAAAGGCAAUUCUAGCCUAGGGAUGACAGUCAGCGCUAACAAAGACGGCUUGGGGGUGAUUGUCCGGAGCAUUAUUCACGGAGGUGCCAUCAGUAGAGAUGGUCGGAUUGCUGUUGGGGACUGCAUCUUGUCCAUUAAUGAAGAAUCCACCAUCAGUUUAACCAACGCCCAGGCCCGAGCCAUGUUGAGAAGACAUUCCCUCAUUGGGCCUGACAUUAAAAUUACUUAUGUGCCUGCAGAACAUUUGGAAGAGUUUAGAAGAAGCUUGGGACAACAAUCUGGAGGAAUAAUGGCCCUGGAUAUUUUUUCUCCAUACACUGGCAGAGACAUUCCAGAAUUACCAGAGCGAGAAGAAGGAGAGGGAGAAGAAAGUGAACUUCAAAAUGCAGCGUACAGCAAUUGGAAUCAGCCCAGGCGGGUUGAACUUUGGAGAGAACCAAGCAAGUCCUUGGGCAUCAGCAUUGUUGGUGGACGAGGAAUGGGGAGUCGACUAAGCAACGGUGAAGUGAUGAGGGGCAUUUUCAUCAAACAUGUUCUUGAAGACAGUCCAGCUGGAAAAAAUGGAACCUUGAAACCUGGAGAUAGAAUAGUCGAGGUGGAUGGGCUGGACCUCAGAGAUGCAAGCCAUGAGCAAGCUGUGGAAGCCAUUCGGAAAGCAGGCAACCCCGUAGUCUUUAUGGUACAGAGCAUUAUAAGCAGACCAAGGGCACCCAGUCAGUCAGAAACGGAGCCAGAGAAGGCUCUGUUGUGCCAUGUGCCUCUUCCCCCUCCUUCCGAGUUUGCAGAAAUGAACAGAGAUCACGUCCAGUCAUCUGCAAGCAGGGUCUCCGAAGAAGGGGACAAAGAGGAUGAGUUUGGCUACAGCUGGAAAAAUAUCAGAGAACGUUAUGGGACUCUGACCGGCGAACUGCAUAUGAUUGAACUGGAGAAAGGUCGGAGUGGUUUGGGUCUAAGUCUUGCUGGGAACAAAGACCGAUCCCGGAUGAGUGUCUUCAUAGUGGGGAUUGAUCCAAAUGGAGCAGCUGGGAAAGAUGGUCGGUUGCAGAUUGGAGAUGAGCUUCUAGAGAUCAAUGGGCAAAUUUUAUAUGGAAGAAGUCAUCAGAAUGCUUCCUCAAUCAUUAAAUGUGCCCCUUCCAAAGUGAAAAUAAUUUUUAUCAGGAAUAAAGAUGCAGUGAGUCAGAUGGCUGUGUGUCCUGGAAAUCCAGUAGAAUCUCUGCCUUCUACCUCAGAGAAUCUUCAAACUAAGGAGGCUGAACCAAGUGUUGCCACUUCCGAUGCAGCUGUGGACUUCAGUUCAUUUACAAAUGUGCAACAUCUGGAGCUUCCCAAGGAUCAAGGGGGUCUAGGCAUUGCUAUCAGUGAAGAAGACACGCUCAGAGGAGUCAUCAUAAAGAGUCUGACAGAGCACGGGGUCGCGGCCAAGGAUGGGCGGCUCAAAGUUGGUGAUCAGAUCUUGGCUAUCGAUGAUGAAGUUGUUGUUGGCUAUCCUGUUGAAAAGUUUAUUAGCCUAUUGAAAACAACAAAGACGACAGUGAAACUUACCAUUCGGGCUGAGAAUCCAGAUUCCCAGGCUGUUGCUUCAGCAGCUGGUACAAGCAAUGGUGAAACAAAGAACAGUUCCCAGUCUCCGACGGUCCCACCACCUGGCUCCCUGGAACCAGAGCCUGUCCAAAGUACAAGCAGGUCGUCAACGCCGGCCAUCUUUGCUUCUGACCCUGCGACCUGCCCCAUCAUCCCGGGCUGCGAAACAACCAUCGAGAUUUCCAAAGGGCGAACAGGGCUGGGCCUGAGCAUCGUCGGGGGGGCCGACACUCUGCUGGGUGCCAUUAUUAUCCAUGAAGUGUAUGAGGAAGGAGCAGCAUGUAAAGAUGGAAGACUGUGGGCUGGAGAUCAGAUUUUAGAGGUGAAUGGCACUGACUUGAGAAAGGCCACCCAUGAUGAAGCCAUCAGUGUCCUGAGACAGACGCCACAAAGAGUGCGCCUAACACUCUACAGAGACGAGGCCCCGUACAAAGAGGAGGACAUGUGUGACACACUCACCAUUGAGCUGCAGAAGAAGCCAGGCAAAGGCCUGGGAUUGAGUAUUGUUGGUAAAAGAAAUGACACUGGCGUCUUUGUAUCAGACAUUGUCAAAGGAGGAAUUGCAGAUGCUGAUGGAAGACUGAUGCAGGGAGACCAGAUACUGAUGGUGAACGGAGAGGAUGUCCGUAAUGCUACACAGGAAGCCGUUGCCGCUUUGCUAAAGUGUUCCCUAGGCACAGUGACCUUGGAAGUGGGAAGAAUCAAAUCUGGACCUUUCCAUUCAGAGAGGAGGCCCUCUCAGAGCAGCCAGCUGAGCGAAUGCAGCCUGUCGUCCUUCACUUUCCCGCUCUCUGGGUCCAGUGCCUCUGAGUCGCUGGAAAGCAGCUCAAAGAAGAACGCAUUGGCAUCAGAAAUACAGGGAUUAAGAACAGUUGAAAUAAAAAAGGGGCCUACUGAUUCACUGGGGAUCAGCAUUGCCGGAGGAGUGGGCAGCCCACUUGGUGACGUUCCUAUAUUUAUUGCAAUGAUGCACCCGAAUGGGGUGGCAGCUCAGACCCAGAAACUCAGAGUUGGGGAUAGGAUUGUCACUAUUGGUGGCACCUCCACUGAGGGGAUGACUCACACCCAAGCAGUUAACUUGCUGAAAAAUGCUUCUGGCUCCAUUGAAAUGCAGGUGGUGGCUGGAGGAGACGUGAGUGUGGUCACAGGGCACCAGCAGGAGCCUGCCAGUUCCAGUCUUCCUUUGACUGGGUUGACAUCCAGCAGUAUAUUUCAGGAUGAUCUAGGACCUCCUCAGUGCAAGUCUAUUACCCUGGACCGAGGACCAGAUGGCCUGGGCUUCAGUAUAGUAGGAGGAUACGGCAGCCCUCAUGGAGACUUACCCAUUUACGUUAAAACAGUAUUUUCGAAGGGAGCAGCCUCCGAAGAUGGGCGUCUGAAAAGGGGUGACCAGAUCAUCGCUGUCAACGGGCAGAGUCUGGAGGGGGUGACCCACGAAGAAGCCGUGGCCAUCCUGAAGCGGACGAAAGGCACCGUCACCCUGACGGUCCUCUCCUAA